AUGGACUCUCAAAAACCCAAAUCGUCAUAUGAUCGAAGCGAUGACGAGAAAGUUGUCAGGAUCAUUGAGGUUUCCACCGCUCGGGGCAUCCCCCAUGACCCGGAUGCACACCUAGGUGAUGUUGAAAGAGCAGAAAUUGACCGGAAGCUUGUUCGGAAACUUGAUCUCCAGUUGAUUCCUUGGGCUGUGUUCUUCUCGGCUGCAGCUGUAUCGGGGUCAUUUGGUGGUCUACUCGCAGCUGCUAUCGGCAAGAUGGACGGGCUAGGAGGCCGACCUGGAUGGGCAUGGAUAUUCAUCCUAGAGGGCCUUGCAACAGUCCUCUUCGGAUUUCUCUCCUUCUUUGUGCACGACUUCCCAGAUACUGCCACUUUCCUUACCGAACAAGAUCGUGCUCGAGUCAUCCGCCGGCCAAAGCUCGACAACCAAUCGAGCGUUGAGCACGAGGAAUUUGAAAUGGCGUACUUGUGGGCAGCUAUCAAGGACUGGAAAAUGUAUUUGGGUAUGUUCAUUUAUAUGGGUGCCGACAUGCCCCUAUAUGGUUUCUCUCUAUUUUUGACGUCUAUCAUUAGUAGCAUGGGCUAUACCUCGACUACUAAGGCUCAGCUUAUGUCAGUGCCACCUUACGUAUGCGCAGCCAUUUUUACAAUUGCGGUCGGCAUUUGCGCAGAUCGUACUGGUAGACGCGGAUUGUGCAACAUCUUCGUUUCAAUGUUUGGGAUCGUUGGCUUCGGCAUGCAUCUCGGGUCACAAAAUCCACGUGUCAAAUAUGCCGGCACGUUCUUGGGCGCCCUCGGAAUUUACCCUUUUAUUCCAAACACUAUCGCCUGGGUUAGCAACAACAUAGAGGGCUAUAAACGCGGUAUCGUCCUCGGAUUUGUUAUCGGCUGGGGAAACAUCAACGGCCUUGUUAGUAGUAAUAUUUUCUUCCAAGCACCACGAUACACGGCCGGCCAUGCGGCAAUUAUGGGAUACAUGGUCACAUGCCUUGUUAUUGGGAGCACUGUUAUGCAUGUCCUUCUGAAGAGUGAGAAUGCAGCUAAACUAUCCGGAAGGAGGGAUUACUUGGUUGCAGGCAAGUCCGAUCAAGAGGUUGAGACUCUUGGUGACAAUCGGCCAGACUUCCUGUACACCACAUAA